AUGGACAUGCGCGCUCUAUCCCGCAGCCUCCUCCGGGCGAAGCCAACCACGACCCUCUACAAGAGCUGCCAGCAGCAACAGCAUCUCCUCCCAGCACGAAUUGGCCUGCGCUUCUCUUCUGACGCCUCCUCCUCUUCCUCCUCUUCUUCCUCUUCUUCUUCCACCCCAUCCAACAAGAACAACACAACCACACAACCCCCGACCCGCCAAACACAACAACCCUCCUCAUCCCCAUCAACGUCCCAAAAACCCACCGACUUCGACCAAAUCCUCAACAAGCUCAACUUCAACAACACCACCACCACCACUCCCACUCCCGGCAGCAAUGCGGCAACUACACCUGGAAGCACCACCCGCGCCUUCAACGACAGCCUCUCCCUCUCGCGCGCGGUAGGCCUCUCCGCCGAGACAGACGGCCUGCGGACGGCUACAUCCCUGCGCAAGAUCGAUCUGAAGCUGGGCCCGACGCUGGGAAGACAGGUGACGGUUGAGCCGGAGCGCGGGAUGGAUUUGCCAGCGGCGUUGAGGUCGCUGAGCACGGUGAUCAGUCAGAAUAAGAUGAAGCAGUCGUUGAAUAAGCAGAAGUAUCAUGUGCGGAAGGGUAUGGUGAGAAAGCAGCUCAGGAUGCAGAGGUGGAGGAAGUUGUUCAAGUUUUCGUUUCAGGCGACUGUUAAGAGAAUUCAGAAGAUUCGGGGGCAGGGGUGGUGA